UGGCCUGGACCUCAAAAGUGCUUUGGUCAGUGCAGUUUCUACGGACCCUCAUAAACUGUGCUUUAGGUAUAUUUUUUAGCCAAGGGGAAAAAUGACAACUGUUUAAGUAGAUGUAAUUAUUUACAUCUACCGGUUUAAAAAAGGUUUUAGUUUUAAUACUAUUAUCUUCUAUAAAAAUAGUUAAAUCUAAAAAAUUUACACUGUCUUUACUGUAUUCUGUAGUUAAUGUCACUCCCCAAUUAUUUGUAUUUAAAAAGUUCAAAAAUGUUUUUAAAAGAUCCACUGAACCAUUCCAAAUUAAAAAAAUAUCGUCUAUGUAUUGCUUGUAGGAGACAAGGUUCGCUCUCCACUCUAGAUUGUUGUCUAUAAAUUGUGUUUCCCAAUAGGCCAUGAAUAAAUUAGCAUAGCUUGGAGCGAACCUUGUCCCCAUAGCUGUGCCGACUUUUUGUAAAAAGAAUUCGUUAUUAAACCAAAAAUAGUUGUUAUGAAGGAUGAGAUCUAUUCCUUCCAUAAUGAAACUUAUUUGUUCUUCAGGGUAAGUAUUAUCCUUUUUUAGAAAGAACUCUACGGCUUCUAACCCUUUCAUGUGUGAGAUAGCAGCAGCAAGAUGAAGUAGGAAGUAGGAACCUUCGGUAUUCCAAGCACAAGCCUAUCAACAUCAAAGCAAAACUCUCAAUUCUGGCUAUUUUUCAGCUCGAAUGCAAAAAAGAUUAAGGGCCUCGAGCUGAAAAAUACCCAGCUUGAGCUUGGAAUACCGAAGGUUCCUACUUCCUACUUCAUCUUGCUGCUGCUACCUCUGGGUCCUCUAUAUCCUUAGGUGGGGAUUGUUCCACCUGAAGCUGUUCACACUAGAGCAGGUCCAUUGCUCUAGUAUAUGUAAGUAGGAUUAUUUUUAUCUGCAAUAUACCUUCAUGUACUAUUUACACUAUUAGUGUUCCUUUUCUUUCCUGUCUUAUAUACUGUGAAAGUCCAUCUCUAUAAGCCUACCAGGAAGAUCUCAUAUCAAGAAAUCCACAGACGGGAAUUAUUCCGUCCAGGCCCCUCCAACUGAGCUUAUAUAGCUCUCUAAAGUGUGAGUUUGGAUCAUAUAUUCCUUCUAUAUUUACUCCGCUGUUAUUAUAUAUUGCACUAUUAUUUUAUUUUGUUCUUUUUGAAGCUAUAUCAUUGACAAGUAUCUUCUACCACGUAUGUAAUAUAUAUUUUUUAUAUAUGGUUAGCGCUGUUCACCUUUCUAUUUCAUAUACAUAUUUUACCCAGGGAAUGCAAUCUAACUACAGACGUGAAAUUGUAAUUUUUGUCUAAUGCAAUUGAAUUGAUUAAAAAAAGUGAGAAAAAAAAUUCAGAUUCCUUGUUUGCUACAUGAGAUAUGUUGGGAUGCAGCUUAUUGGAAAUGUCAUUAAAAUGCAAAGCAAAGUGGAAGGCAACAAUGAUAUACAUGCUAUUGGGAAGGAAUGGGGUUAAAAACUCAAAAAACAAACAAAAGUAAUCAAGAUUAUUCAUUAAACUCCAAACUGUAAAAACAAAAUAAAGUAUAAAAGUAAGGCUAAUAAAAUCAUGACUAUAUUUGAGCAGGAUACAUUUUUCAUAUCAGUUUUGUUUUCUCAAAUGUGGCCAUUUGGAUUUUAUUUCUUCACAACUUAGAGAGAGUUUGUUUAAAAUUUCUAAUAAAUCAUUUAAAAUGUUGCUGGAAACAUAAUUUGUUGAUUUAAAUUAAUAUCUAUUUAUAAUAUUAGUAUAAGAUUUUUAAUAUAUAGUAUAAUUUGUAUUUUUACGAUAGAAUGGCUCAUGGAAAUGAAAAUGGAACAUUCAACGGAGGUUUUAUCCUACUAGGGUUCUUUGAAUAUGGAGAUAUACAAAUCUUACUAUUCUUCCUGUUCCUGAUUGCUUACCUCCUUUGCAUUACUGGGAACAUGCUCCUGUUACUUAUCAUCUUGAUCUAUUCACAUAUGCAUUCACCAAUGUACCUUUUACUGGCCAAUUUGUCCUUCGUGGACAUCUGCCUCACCUCGCUUAUUUUCCCCAGAUUUUUAUUAACAUUUUUUAACCUAAGAUCAAUCUCCUUGUCUCAAUGCAUGCUACAAAUGUAUCUGUUCAUUGGGUUUGAAAGUUCAGAAUAUCUUCUUUUGACUGUCAUGUGCUACGAUCGCUAUGUGGCCAUCUGCCACCCCCUUCAUUACCACCUAACUUUAAAUAAAAGGGUGUGUGCCCUUCUGCUAGUUGUGACCUGGGGCAUCGCUAUGUUAGAUCCUGCAGCUAUUAUUAUUUUACUGUCUACACAGCCUUUCUGCCAGUGUCAUGACAUUAACCAUAUAUUCUGUGACCUUGUGCCUUUGCUGCAGUGCUCUUGUGGAGACAUUUUCAAGAUAGAAGUUGCUGUAUUUGUUGAAGGGGUUAUUUUGAGUAUACCCUCUUUUGUACUCACAAUAUCUUCAUAUGUGUCCAUAAUCUCUGUCAUUAUGAAGAUAAAGACUGUACAAGGAAGACAGAAAGCCUUCUCUACCUGUUCCUCCCAUGUUACUGUUAUUACAUUGCUCCAUCUGUCUCUGAUAUGUGUAUAUUUCCAGCCUCCUGUCACAGACGUUCAUGACAGCACUAAGACUGUAUCUCUAUUAAACACGAUUUUAAUUCCAUUGCUUAACCCUGUUCUAUACAGUCUGAGGAAUAAAGAAGUAAAACUUGCUCUUCAGAAACUUUCAAGGACAAUAAAGUGGAGCAACAUCAUUGUAUGUACAGUUUUGUAACCUCUUCAAGCCUGUGCUCCUUUUGUAAAAGCAAAAUGUAUAAGAAACAUUUAUUGAUAUUAACUAUAAGAUGCAGUAAUAGCUCAGAACACUAUCAAACUUGUCUUUCAAUCGAUGGUUAAUGGUCAGAAUACUCAAAGUACAUGAGCACAAGCAUUUUAGAAAAUGCAGUAGGUUGAAAAAUAAUAUGUGAAUAACAUUGUCAAAUACUCUCAACAGAAUAAGAUUACAUUUGUGUAAAUGAUGAUUAACAUAUUAACAAAAGAAUAUUACUAUUAAGCUUAUGCACAAUAAAAAAAAUGGUUUGUCCAAAUUGAUUCAUCAGAAAAAAAAAAUUGUUUAGGCGAGUUGGAUUUUGUCCCUGUGUUGUUUUGGUGCAGAUAUACGUUGUUUAUGCGAUUGGUUCAGGAAAAAUUAUCCUGAUGAACCAAAAAGAUGUGAAAUAUUUGCUAAUCAGUUUACUUAAAAAUAUAUACAUUUUGUUUACAGAUCAAGGGGGAAAAAAUGGGAGCAGUAAAAAAAUAUAAUAAUUAUUUAGGGGCAGAGCUUGCCCUUUAACCAGAACAGAUGCAUGGUACACAAGCUCCUGACAAACUUUUUUAGGGGUGCUAAUCCCUGCCAAUCCCUGAUAACCAGCGAUUAUUCCUGCCAACUGUGCACCACUAACAUUGGGGAUACCCGGUUAAGCAUUUCAUAAUCCUUACCUGACUCUCAACUCCACUGAGUGCUGGAAAAUCUACUGGUCUACUGGUGGCGAGGCUGAUCCCCUCACUCUCCUGUUUCUUGUGGGUACCACUGUGCUUCUCCCCCCUGCACUGGGGGGGGGAUAUCCAGAUCUCCACAGAAUUAUUGCUGCACUCACCUCAUACUCUGAGUUGUACUUUAGCCAAAUUUUAACUGCCAUGAUAAUCUAAGAUGGCAUCUGCUCCCCAUUUUGAUGGACAGGGCCUGGGUUUAUCCCUACAGCCUCAACGCUGCUCUAUUGAAUCCUCCUUGCAAUGAUAAGAUGCGUUCUUUCAGGAUUUCUGGCGCAAGCUACGGGAGCGUGAGAGAGCCUCCCUGACUAAGGCACGUUGAGGCCAACAGAGCAGCACCUUGUAGGGCAAAUAAAGCAUGCAGGUGUCUAACUACUCCUUUGUAAGCCUUUAUGGGCAAAGAGCCUUAUAAGGAUAUGCCUCUUUUCAUCAACUACACAGGCUGAAGAUCAUCCAUGGAAAGCGGUAUAUACCAGCCCGAUCCUCUGACUGCCCACAGUGAGUGAGAGACUUGGUAUCUAUGAGUCACCAAGUUUUUGGACUGCACUUGCUGGCCCUCAUACUAGCCUAGGCUUGAGGGGAACUCUGCUCUGGCGCUACAACAUGAAUGUUUACCUGUGCUCUCCUUGUCCACAGCCUGCACUGUGCUCACAUUAUCUUUAAUGCUGACAAAUGCCACUUGAUUUGACAUGUUAAAAGGGCAACUUGUUAUUAUUCCUUUUUAUUAAUUUUGUUUCUCCAUAAUUCUUUUCACUUCUUUAAAACUCACCUUGUAUAUUGCAGUGAUAUCCAGAUAUCUGGAACCUUAGUGGACGUUUUGUAGGCAAGAUAAGAUUCUACCAGUUAACUGUGACAGUUAUUCAUUGCAGGGUGAUAGGUUGAUAGAUAGAUAGAUAGAUAGAUAGGUAGAUGGAUAGGUAGGUAGGUAGGUAGGUAGAUAGAUGGAUGGAUGGAUGGAUGGAUGGAUAGACAGACAGACAGAUAGAUAGAUAGAUAGAUAGAUAGAUAGAUAGAUAGAUAGAUAGAUAGAUAGAUAGAUAGAUAGACUUCAAAAUUGUGGAUGCAUUUAUGCAACAAAUAUCUUGUUACAUUGCAGCAUUAAUAUUUUAACUUUUUCAAGAUCAAACAGUGUUAUCUUUGUGCUAUUUACAGGAAUAAUAAAAUUAUUUACUCACUAAUUCUCAUGUGUGAACACCGGGCACGAUGAUGUAUAUGUUAACCAAGUAAAUCAAGUGUAAACCCAGUGAAAGUAUAACCGUGGUAACUAAGAUCACAAGUGUGGUUGCAAGGAAACCAAUAAACAUAAGCUCAGUGCCAGUGAAUGAAGAUAUGUUAUUGCAACCUAUGUGAAGGAUGUACUUUACAAGCCAUAACAUCCGAUAAUAAAUACACUUAAAAUCAAAAUCACUUAUACUCAUACUUUUUUAAUUCUGAUCAUUUAUUGAUUCAUAUCAAUUGAAUAAAAAUGGUAAAACAUUUCAGAAAGAGGUUUUAUAGUAAACAUUUUAAUAAUUUAUAUUUUGUUUUGACUUUCUAAUGGUUUGUUUUUUUUCAAGAUUUGGUUAACCACCGAACAUAUACCAAGACAAACCAUCACAAAUUGAAAUAUAAAAAUAAAGCAGCAAAUGUAGAAAAAAUAAGCACAGAUUACAGCCUCCAAUUGUGUAAUACAGUUUAAUUAACUGAAAAUUGAAUUUUAAAAUACAUAUACAAUGUGUAAAUAAAGUGCCCUUCAUGAGUUAAUUCACUUGUGUCAAUAAUGUUGCCAGAAAAAUAUAUCCCAUUUUCCUGUAAUAAAUGCAAACUAUACUCUUCUUUUUUGUUCAUGUAGAUUAUUUUUUUCUCAGAUGCACAUGUAUCCAUUCUUUCUUCCAUCCAAUGUUAUCUGGCUAUGCACCCUGGGUGAAGGUUAUGUUUUCACAAAGUAAAUGCUCCACUAAGCCUAUGUGUUUCAUGAGACACUGCUUGUCAUGCCCAUUGGGCAUGAUUCAUUGUCCAUUGUAAAAAAUAUUAUCAAUCACUGUGAUCUAUGUAGAGGAUGCAUGCAAUGGUUACCUAGUAGAAGUGUCAUGAUACACCUAUGAGGUGAUCUCGGUCAUCGAAGACAAUAGGUUAAAUCUCCAUUUUGAUGAAGCUUUAGUAGCGAAACGUGUUAUUGGAUGUUUCAUUUACUUUGUAUUUAUAUUAAAGGAACCUUUUUGUACAAUACAUUGUAUUGCAAUAAAAUAUAUUGUAUGGUGACAAGGGUGAUCUGUGUGGAAAACAGGUGCUUUGAGAGUGAUAGCAGGUACAAAACUAGCUGCUACAACACUUCAAUGUGGAUCUCUCUAAUCCACCUAUUUGUAAAGUAUAGUAAAGGUAAGGGAAUUUAAGAGAGGGUUAUUAAAAAACAAACCACCCACCAAAAGGUCCUUUAAGUGGAGCGCUAAACAGUACUUACCCCUAAUCUUAGGGGUAUCAGGUAUUCCAAAUAGAGCCUUAAAUAUGCAAAAAAAGAGAAAAUAUAUUUACAAUAGUGGAGUAUGUCAAAAUCUAAUGCAUAAAUGAUAAAUUUUAUAUAAUUAAACUCACAAGUGAAGAGCCAAGUAGGGGACUGGCUCAAAUCACGAUCACCUUGGUUUACAUUACUCAUAGAUGUGUUCGGGCCCAUCAGACCAUCAGACCAAUCAGCCACAUUAUAAUCGGGCCCCGAGGAGAACCCACCUGCUAGUAGCCCACAGUUUGGGCAACAGGUACAAGCACCCCGCAUACCUUGUGUCAAACAUAUAACCCUCGUCUAACCCAAUAUGAGCAAUAACACCUGAGCAUAUACACCACCGUGCUUUAUAGUUCUGGGAGAAUAUAUAAUUUUUUUCUUUCUUUUAAACCCAGGAGAACCCACUGGCCACAUUGCUAGAGACGUCAAUAAGCGUCCACCCCAUGGCACAAUUCCACAGUGCCAAGACCCUAGUAUGGGUCACCUUUUAUAUAUGUUGGUUCUUAUACCUACCUAACCCCUCCUUCCUGUUACCCCUCAUCUCCCUGAACUACACAGUGUUACCAAUCAUCCACCACCUAAAAGAGACGGUGUUGCCCUGGUCGACGCAACAAGCAAACGCAAAAUUACGACACUUCCAUCCGAGCUACCUAUACCAUAAACCCAUACUAUGAGAAUAUACUCCCAUAACACCAGAGGGUUAAACACCCCACACAAGAGGUGCAUGCUGCUAGAUGAAGCAAAACAGAGACAGGCAGACAUUGUGUGUUUACAAGAAACACACUUUGUCAAAAUAGAGUGCCCCAAUUUGGCUUGAGGGACUACCCCUAUCAAUAUCACUCAAAAUAUACGUCUAAAUCCAAAGGAGUCUCAAUCCUCCUCCAUUCAUCCCUCACUGUUGAGUUCCUCCACGUCAAAAAAGAUAAACAGGGAAGAUAUGUGAUGCUACAGUGCUUAAUUAACGACUCUAACUACGUCAUAGUCAGCUUCUAUAGCCCCAACGCAAACCAAAGGAAUUUUUUACACAAAGUACUGUCCACAAUUCCAGUUCUCAACAUGGCCUCUUAACCAUCCUCUGGACCCUUUUAUGGAUACCACUUUAAAUCCCACAGCCCCUAGACACACGGUGGUUAAAUCACAAAGCAAGGCCAUGACCAAAUUUCUGGGGGAAUUUGGGCUCUAUAACUCAUGGAGGACAUGCCAUCCAAACAAAAAAACAUUCUCAUACUACUCAGCAGUUCACAAAUCCUACUCCAGGUUAGAUUUUAUAUUCCUAAUGGACCCCCUCCUACCCAAGGUCACAAACAGUGACAUUGGAGACAUUACAUGGUCAGAGCAAGCACCGACCAUGGUGAAGUUGGCAGGGGACUACCAACACAGGGGGAGGGCACUGUGGCGCCUAAACAACAACUACUACACAACCAAAGAUUCUCUCAAGCUCUGACAGAAGCAAUUCUCAAUUACUUCCAAAUUAAUGUAACCCCAGAUGUUUUACCAAUGACAAUUUGCCAGGCCCAUAAGGCAGUUAUAAGAGGCCUCGUAAUAAGUCACGCCUCAUUUCUAAAGAAAAAAACACAGGGAGACUAUCAAACUCUACUACGCACACUACGGGACACGACGGCAGCAAAUACGCUACACACCACCCCACAGAGGACACAAACAAAUCGAGACACCACGGCACAAAUCAACCACCUGUCACUCUCCAAAACCACACACAUCCUACAGAAACUUAAACAGACCAUAUACUCACAAUGCAACAAAGCAGGGAAACAUUUAGCGACACAGCUCUGUCAAAAUAAAUCAAAUGCCAAAAUUCUAUACCUCCUCACUCACACCAGGGAAAAAAUCCACAACUCACAAAAUAUUAACGAUAACAUGGAAACAUACUAUCAUACCCUAUAUAUGGCGAAACCAACCUCGCCACUGGGCAUUGGAGAAGCCUCCUGUCUGCUGACUAUGGCCCCUGGGAGAUUUGGCCCUUUAAAUACAGUAUUUGGGCAUAUUGUAUUUUAGUAUGCUGCUGUUGGCCCUUUAAGAACCAUCUGGGGACAUACUGUGACUUUUGGGAACAAUGCCCCUUUAAGACUAUGGCCCCUGGUAGAUAUUGCCUGUUAAAGACUACUUUAGCAGAUUGUAUUUUAAAAGACUUGCUGCCUCUUUAAAUUGCAUUGGAGCAGUUCUGCAGCUUUAACUUGGCACUUCGGAUGCAGCCAAAGGGCAGAAGUAGUCGAAGUGGCCGCCAAUCGACAAACAAACACGUGGCGGCGACCAUUUUUGUUCAUUCGAACGAGGUCAGCGGUAUGUGUAGCCAAAUCCAUGGAACUGAAACUGGCUACACAUUUCAACGAACACCGCUGACCCUUACCUUCUCCUACACUCAGUUUUCAGCUGCAGAGACUAACUCCCAUUCAGCAGUUUGAACUCACUGCUAUACUAAGCUAAAUGCAUGAAUGGCCCUGUGUAAAAUAGACCGACCGCACAGCCCAAAUCUAUGGAACUAUUUUGGGCAGGAAAAUGUGCUUGCGGUCGGUCAUAAAGGACUCCCAGCUAACUUUUUAUCUACUGGAUGCAUUUGUCUGUUUUUUUGAGAGUGUUUUCUGUAAUGUACGUGUAUUAUUGGUUGUUCUGUAAAACCCUGUGGGCAGGACUAUGUGUGUAGAUUGUGAAUAAAAGAGGCUGUAUGUAGGGGGAAGAGCCUGUCCUUGAAGGAAGAUGGACGCUUGAAUUCUGAGCUCCCUCUCCCCAUAGCACGUUAAUCCGCUACCAUCGGCAUCCCUCUUCGUCCCUGCCACCCAACACCAUGGGAGGCAGAAAGAAGAAAAAAGAUCAGACCCCAUCGGUCGCAACAAUCUUCCACACACCUAACACCUCACAGAGGCCUAACAGCUCCCAGCACAUAGAGGAGGAGGACUCCGAUCUUGAAGAGUUCACCCCACCAACUGACCCAAUGGCCCCACUUACCAUCGGGAUCCUCCAGAGCAUGCUACACAAAGCAACUACGGAUAUCAAAUCCCCCGUGAUGUCAGAAAUAAACAAACAGCUGGUAGGUCUCAAAGCCGACGUGGCCACGCUUACCUCCAAAGCGGAACAAGCCGAGACCCGCAUAUCCAAAUUAACAACAACUUCAGCUGAACAAGCCCAAGAUAUUGCCUAUUUUCAUGGCAGAAUAGCGGCACUAGAAGACGGCAUGGAAUACCUCAACAAUAGAUCCCAGAGGAACAACAUCCGGAUCAGAGGCCUCCCCGAAACGGUCACACUAGAGCAGCUAGUACCCACCCUGAAAAGCAUCUUCAAGGAUAUAGCACCAGACCUCACCGCUAGAGACCUGGAGAUGGAUAGAGACAACCGGGCCCUGAAACCUCCAAACCUCAACCAAGCCACCCCAGAGAUAUUAUCACACGCCUACACCACUUCCCAGCGAAGGAAAAACUACUACAAGCGUCCAGGCACAAACAGCCCAAAUACAAGGAACACCACCUCUCCUCCUUCCAGGAUCUUGCUCCAUCGACCCUGAAAAAGCGGCGGGACCUCAAACCCCUUACUCUGGCCCUCCAACAACAAGGAUUGAGAUACACGUGGGGCCACCCGUUUAAAUUGAUUGUUAAAAAAGACAAUAAAAACCCACAUUCUCAUGUCUCCUGCUGAUAUGACUCCCUUCGCUGACUCACUGGGGAUCCAACUGGUGCAACACGCUCCCUCACUCAGGCAGUGGACCGAAUAUCGUACCGAUGAAGGGCCCCGCUCUCCACACCCUCCGAAGAAAAAAAGACCCCAACCACACGAGCAGGCUGAGGCUGGCUCCACAGCCCAGGAUUGGUAGUCGUUCCACUUACCCGCUACAUGAUAUACCUGCAACACGCUGCAUUCCCACGAGAUAAGCUCUGAUCCGACACACACCAAGCCUGUCCUACCACCUAAACAAACAACAUUACACCAAGAUAUACACAAAUACCUUGGUUCCUGCACCUCAUCCCGCAGGAUGGACCAGAGACCUAGACAUGGCGUACCGGACCACAGCAAGUAAACCGGGACUCAUUGGGGAGGGCUAGGGACCCGGGAGGGGCCUCUGGACUCGGGCAAGGGACUUACCUUACAGGAGUUACCCUCAGACACCAGCUGUUAUUAAGACAUCCUGAACACUCAAAUGUUUUACAUUUUCGCACAGGCCCCCCCUUUAUUUAUUUAUUAAUGUUUUUUAAUUUUAUUUAAUUUAUCUUUUUUUUUAUGAUGACAUUUAAUUUACUGCAGGGGCCGACAUAUCCUAACCCCCCCAUACCGACAGUCAACUUAGCCAUUUUUAAGGCAUGAUAGCCCGACCUACCGUGCAGGGACUUGGCUUACACGCAGGGACUGGGUGACCCCUACCUCUGCAAACACUCAGGGAAUGUGACCCAAGCUUUAAUACACCACUUCUAAAAUACUGUAUUUUUAACCUACAUGACAGCGGGUAAUGUUUCUUAAUACCUCAAUUAAACUUAAAUUGUUUAAUAUUGUUCUUCAUUACCCUAAAAUGUUUAUGUAUAUACCUGUUUACGUUUAUAUUUAUGUCUAGCAUAACACCUUGCUACUGGAGGACUGUAACCGGACUGCAACUGAACCCCACCUCAGCUGACCUCUCUCUUCGAGACCACUGACACCAUCCCAAGACAACCAACUUAACCACUGGAUAUUUUCAAUCUCUCACAAGUGACGCCACACAGGGACCACCCACGGCACUGGUACAGAUCAUCACCACUUAAACCUCAAAACCGUGAGUGAUAACAAUCAAAACGUGCUGGGGGGGAGGACGAGGGAUACUUGAAAACCUUCUUCCUCUCUCUCCCAGUUGCGCACACAGCCCAAACCAGGGCAUUACCUACACAAAGACCCCACCCUACAGGCACCACUAAUACCUCCCUACACCACCUGGCAAAUAUUGUGUAAGACCAGGAAUCCUAUACACAUAACCGCUCGCCCCUCCCCUACCUACCCCCAACCCCAACCGCAUCCCUCCCCCACUCAUUCCCCACAACCCUUCCAUACCCCAACUCCCCCUCUUAAAACUAGCCCGUAACAGACCGGGAGAGCCGGACCCGAGGGCCCACCCUACCCCAUGUGACUUCCAACACAUCUAGGACACCCACUAUGCCUACAACAAUCUCAUGCAUAUCGCUGAAUUGCAAGGGCCUCAACAACCCGGCCAAACAACACCAACUAUUACGAUGGGCAACUCGCUCAAAGGCAGAACUGAUCCUUCUUCAAGAAACACACUACGAUGACUCUAGGCCUUUCCCCCUACGAAACAAACAAUACAUCACAUGCUACCUCGCAAACUCCCAUACUGGCAAACACAACGGAGUAGCCAUAUUAAUACAUAAAGCCUGCCCGAUACACUUCACACGCACCAUCCCAGACCCCCAAGGUAGAUACUGUGGGGAUAUUUAUGGGAUGAUAAUUGUUAAGACCUGCAGUGGUUAUGGUGCUGCGGUCUUGGUUCCCUAUCCCCACAGCUGAGUAUGAGUGAUUAUAGCUGCAGCAGGGAGUAGAGGAAUAAGAGAGAUGAAAUGCAGUUCCAAGGUGCUCCUUCCCAGCAAGUAGAAUAUCCCCCAAACAUGAGCCUAGACUUCAUGAAGGGUGUAACAGGAGUAAUCUUUAUUGAAAACACACGGGCUUUUAUGAGAAAUCCUCCUGCAAGAGGACCUCCCACAGCAAACAAAAGCAACAGCCAAUCAUCACAUAAAUUUACAGUAUUACACGCCUCCUCUCUGCCUGGGAGAUAUUGAGAUAAGUUAAGAAAUAAACCAAUUAUCUCCAGGCAGAGAGCACAAAAUUUCCCCAAAACUUAGAACACCCCUUUCCCCACAAGGUAUCCCCACAAAUUACAUAUCCCCUGAUAGCCCAGAUCUGGGAGACCAACAUAUCCAAAUUUCACCCAGAUUAGUUCAGGGGUUCUGAAAAAGUGUGGAGGGUCCCUUUUACCGACCACACACGCGGCUCCUGCCCAAAACAGUUCCAUGAAUUCAGCGUGUGCGGUCGGUCAAUUCACAAAAUUUUUAAAAAUGAACAAAAGACCUGAAUGGAUUCCCCUGGCCCAUAGUAGCGAUUGCUCCCCUCGUCCGUUCGCACAGAACUACCGAAUGGGGCUUCUCUGGCUGUUUGGGAAAUAGGAGAAGCUGGCUUUCGGUAGUUUCCAGCGGUAGUUUGCGUGGUCGAAUGCCCAAUUUUAGUUCCAGGCACUCGACGACCAAGUCUCGCUGGCUCUCCUCGUGCAAACAAGAUGGCCGCCGUUUUCUUUUCCACGUGGCUUUCGGUUAUACGAACAGUGGCCGACCAGGGAGCACUUAAUAGCUUGUUCCUUUGUACUAAAUGAGCCAGGAGGAUGGUCGGUGUUCGGUAGUUUCAAACUACCGAACCAAUCCAUUCAAUUUGUUAGUAAUCCCAUAUAAAAAUACCGAAUAAAAAAAGGAGAAAAUGUCAGGCAAAAGUCCAUUUUCUUCACAAUAAUAUUAUACAGUUGAUAAUUGCCCACUAUUUCAAUUCUCUUAGCUCUUAGAGAUCGUUAUCAUGUAAGUGAAAUGUAUUCCAUACAAAUAAAAUCACAAUUUGUUAUAAAAAUUAUUUUAAUUUAUUGUGACAAAUAAAAUAAUAAUAUUAGGCAGCAUGCAUGAUAUUAAUCAGUGAAUAUUUAGUAUAACAAAAGUAUGCAAUAUAAUGGCUAGACACAGUACACAGAAAGCAAAACACCCAGCCCCGCGAAAACCUUGGCUAACAGUUAAAUCAACUGAGUAACCUUUCAAUGCUGGCUAUAUCCUCCUAGGCAUAUAGUAUCAUAUACUCAUGUAAUUUUCAAUCAAAAUAACAUUUGAACCAGCUCAUUAAUAAUUUCCUGGAACCAUCCAACAAGAAUAAUCUACCAGAUUUUUACAAAAGCCGAAUUUUAAUUUGUCUAAAAAUAUAUCUUAUCUUAUUUUAGAGCAAAUCAAUACACCUGGAUAAAAACAGCUGUAUGCUAAUAUGUGAUAAUAUCACAUUAAUAUAUAAUUAUUCUUAAAUCCACCUGCAGGUUGGAAUGUUUAUAACUAUAUAUUCUUUAGUUAACUAAGAUUUGUAAAUAUUAAAAUCUGACCGUGAUUUAUCCAGUCAUAUAUCAUGCUAUUAGUAAAUGUUUAAUUAAUUUAAAUUAAUUAAAUAAAACCAGCAUAAUUACCAGUUAUGUAGAUAUUCUGAUCAGAUUAGUAGUAGUAGUCCCAGAAACUUGAUUGGUCGUAUGGAGGUGCGUGAGUGAUAGUGAAAAGUGGUGUUGGUUAGAAAGUGUCAAAGAGUUUGUGAGUUGAGUGUUAAGAGUUUAAGAGUGUUAGUCUCAGAGAUGUUUCUUGAGUCCCUCUCUCUGCAUGUCCGAAUCGGAAUCCCCAAACUUCCACUCGUCUCUCUGUAUGUCCAACUUUUCCCUUUGUCCUUACUUUUAAAGGGCCAGACUCUUUGUACGUCAUUAGUUGAUAAACCAAUAGGAAGCCGUAGGUGGAUUCAAUCGAUGGAUCGCAAUUUAGGUAUUUGAUCCAUAGAGGGCAGUCUCGUCUAACGAAACCUUCCUAUCCAGGAAAGAGUUAACUUUUCCUGAUGACGAUUUUUACGUCAUUUGACUUAUCUAAAAUGACUACCAUAACUUAGAUUUGCUGUCAGUUCAAAGCGUUUCUCUCAGUCUUUGUGGCAACUACUUUGAUCGUAACUUGUAAAAUGGACAGUUCUAAACUCAAUUUCACCCCUUACUUACAAUGGAACCUUGUAAAAUUUAGAAAGUAAAAUUAAUUACUUAGUCUUUUCUGUCACUAGUGUCUGUGUUUAUGUAACGCAUUCCUCAGUGGUUAGUGAAAGUAAGAAGAAACUAUGUUUCUGUUAUCCUGAAGAUAGCAAAAUGGAGUCCGCUUUGUUUUGAGUGACUUGGGCAGAAUACACCUUUGAUUUCUUUUUAGCACAAAAUGUCUGUUGAUAUAAAUAUUCUGACAGGUGGGACAAUAUAUGUGACAAAACCAAUCUCGCCACAUUGCAUUGGAGGAGCCUGGUUGCCCGCCUGCUGCCUUUGGAUUAUGGACCGGCAGCUAAAGGGUUAAUUUUACUGUGCAGAAGGAUUUAUUUCUCCCUUUCUGCACAGCCGUUCGGUAGAUUCCAUCUACCAAACAAACAGUCUCUUUUCAGCCUCCCCAGAGCCGUGGGAAGCCGGCCGGCGACCUUAAUUGGCCACCCAGAAGCUGGAGUGCGCCCUCCAUUUACCUCCCUGAAGCCGCGGUUAACCGCGGCUUAACGAGCGUGUGCCGGCAAUUGACCACCCAGUAGCUGCGGUUAACCGCAGCUUAAUUGAUUGUUACUGGGUGGUCGCGGUUACACUUAGCCGCCACACGAUGGCGGUGUUCUGGAGCUCCCCGGGCAGCCAGCGCUUGUCUGCCCGGCUUUCAUGCACCAAACCCGGACACUUUUACGUGCAGGCACCGCUGAACCUCCAACCCCUGGUUCUAAUUCGCACGGAUUGAACGAAUGCAUGUAAAUUCGGUAUUUUAUGUUGGAGGAAUGUUUUAACCCAGAUAGCUAUGCCAUGGAGCCUGUUCGUGGAAUUAAAGACUUUGGCUCCAUGGCAAUUAAAACUGUAUUCGUGUGGUCUGAGUGCCAUUCACCUAAUAAUGUGCACUCAGACCUGAGCUAUCUGGGGAUAUGUUACAUGUCUGUGUUUUAUGUAGUAAAUGUUACUUUGUGCAUUUUAAAGUAUAAUGCUGGUUUUGUGUUCCCACGUGUGUAAUGGAGUUUUGCCUUUGACUUGGGAGAUAAUUGAGUUACUUCCCAAUUAUCUCCCAGGGCAGAGGGGAGGAAGCCAGGAUGCAUUGUGGGAAUAUACUGUGACUGUGUGUCCUUUUUGUAUACUUGUCUGUCCCUUGUCACAGUCUCCCAUUUGGUCCCCUAGGGGAGUGUCCACCAGGUGGGAGACCUGCAUAAAAGCUGGGCAGGUAGCCCUCAUUAAACAGACCACUGCUUGACCCUCAACACGGAGCCUUGUCUCGUCUUUGGGGGGAUUUACUGUAUGCUGCUAAGGACUGAUUGCCAGGAGUGUAAGCCGCUUGGGAGCUUUUCCUGUUCGUCUGGUAGCAGCAAUUCGUAUGGUUCCUGUUCGUGUAUUUGGAGUGCUACCUUAUUCCCUUGUAUGCCGUUCGGGAGUUUGGAGCAUUCACUUGUAUGCAGUUCGAGAGUUUGGAGCAUUCACUUGUAUGCAGUUCGAGUGUUUGGACCAUUCCCUUGUAUGCAGUUCGAGUGUUUGGAGCAUUCCCUUGUAUGCCGUUCGGGAGUUUGGAGCAUUCACUUGUAUUCAGUUCGUGAGUUUUGGUGAUUCUACAGUAGCUGUGCCUGUCUCUGAAAGGGGAUUAUCGUCUAAGCGGUUUUUUCCCCUUUUGUGCAAAACGGUCCGUUACAAUUGGUGGCAAGCGGCGGGAUCGUUCCCACAGACUACAGGACAGCUACAGGCGACACCAUUCCGUGGAUUUUUACAAUUUGAGGGCAACGCAUGUCCCAGUACAGCGACCCUGACAGCACCGAGAUGGAACCAGCAGUGGAGUAUGAUGAGGGUGCCAUGGAUGACCGAGAUGCAGUCCGUAAAGGCAUCUGGUACCAGGCACUGGGUAUUGCGGAGUACCAGCGGGGCGAGAGAUUCCCCAAGGAAGACCAGCGGUUGCAGAAGCGAGUAGCCCUGCGGAUGCCCUUCCUGGGAGAGCAGCCCCUGGAAGAAUGGGUGAGGAAAUUGGAACACCUAGUAUGGCAGGAGAUGUGGCUAGAAGAUGCCUACCAGGCGCUCUGGUGGUAUGGGGCACAAUACCUGCCCUGGAAAGCCGAGCAUGACAAGCCAGAGGGAGAGGAGUUUGAUGGUCCUGGCUUGUUAUGGGAGACUUUUGCAGAGCCUGAGUUUGGGAGCCCUACACAAGCCCGGUUCAGUGAUCUCUUUGAGUGGAGGGAGAGCAGGUAUGACUGGGACGACACUCACGAAAUUGAGCAAGACCUGGUCCACCUGGUGACCCGAGAGAUGGAGCUGGAACAGGGUUACCAAAAUCUGUUCCACUCCAGUGAGAAGGCUCAGCAGGGAAGCGGAGACCCAGAUCCAGACCCAUUCAGCUGGGAAGAUAUUGUGGAGUGUUACUGGGAAGAACCCCAGGUGGCCGGUGGAGAUGGGACCAAGGUCUCUCCACCGGUCCUGCAGGGAAUUGGGAGCCCAGUCUCCAUUCCCCAGCGGCCGUGUGAUUUAUUGGGAAUUGGGAGCCCAGUCUCCAUUCCCCAGCGGGAGAUAUUGCAGGGAAUUGGGAGCCUGAGCUCCAUUCCCCAGCGGCAGGCGGAGUUACAGGGGACAGAGAUAGUCGCUCCUGUCCCCCAGCAGCAGAAUGAAUUGCAGGGAAUUGGGAGCCCGAGCUCCAUUCCCCAGCGGGAGAAAUUGCAGGGAAUUGGGAGCCCGAGCUCCAUUCCCCAGCGGGAGAUAUUGCAGGGAAUUGGGAGCCUGAGCUCCAUUCCCCAGCGGCAGGCUGAGUUACAGGGGGCAGAGGUAGUUGUUCCUGCCCCCCAGCAGCAGAGUGAUAUGCCGGGAAGGCAGUGUAAAGUGCAGGGAGAGGAGAACAGCGUCCUCCCUCCCCAGCGGCAGGCUGAGAUACAGGGGGCAGAGGUAGUUGUUCCUGCCCCCCAGCAGCCAAGUGAUAUGCCGGGAAGGCAGUGGGAAGUCCAGGGAGAGGAGAGCAGUGUCCUCCCUCCCCAGCGGCAGCGUGAUUUUUUGGGAAUUGGGAGCCCAGUCUCCAUUCCCCAGCGGCAGAAUGAUGCUUUGGGAAUUGGGAGCCCAGUCUCCAUCCCCCAGCGGCAGCACAGAUCAUUGGGAAUUGGGAGCCCCGUCUCCAUUCCCCAGCGGCAGAGUGUCCUACCGGGAAUAGAGAGCCCAGUCUCCUUUCCCCAGCAGCAGGACUCUGUAUUGGGAGCAGAGACAGUCGGUCUCCCUCCCCCACAGCUGGAAGUAUGUAUGGGAGAGGAGCUUGUUACCCCCUCUCCCCAGCGGCAGCUUAAUGUACAAAGGGGAGACAGUAAGCCCCACAACCGUGCAGAUGGGACCGUAGUCUCUACACUGCCAGCACAGGGGGUAGGGACGGUCGGUCCUGCCCCCCAGCGACAGGGCUGUUUAGCCAAAGGGGAGACAAUCGGUCUCCCCCUCCAGCAGCAGAGAUGGGUAACCAAAGGGGAGACGGUCGGUCUCCAGCAGCAGGACUGUGCAGCUAAAGGGGAGACGGUCGGUCUCCAGCAGCAGGACUGUGCAUCUAAAGGGGAGACAGUCAGUCUCCAGCAGCAGCAGCAGAGCGGUGUAUUUAAAGGGGAGACAGUCGGUCUCCCCCUCCAACAACCAGGCUUCCACCAGGCUACCCUCCCAGUAGCGCUGGCAACAGGGCAGAGUGCCGCUGGUCUCUGCCCACGCAGCAACCCACCAAGUCAGCGUACCCGUACCCAGCACAGCCGUGGUGAGGCACCUGGACAUGGACAAGCUUCUUCUCUACCCAGGUGUAGUAACCAUUUAUUGUGGGUGGGCUGUGCUGUUGAUUAUGUUUUGUGGGUGGGCUGCUGGACUAACAAGGGCACUGACCGGCAGGAGGUCAGAUACCCUGUUAGUCUGUUUGGAAAAGGGGAGAGAUGUGACAAAACCAAUCUCGCCACAUUGCAUUGGAGGAGCCUGGUUGCCCGCCUGCUGCCUUUGGAUUAUGGACCGGCAGCUAAAGGGUUAAUUUUACUGUGCAGAAGGAUUUAUUUCUCCCUUUCUGCACAGCCGUUCGGUAGAUUCCAUCUACCAAACAAACAGUCUCUUUUCAGCCUCCCCAGAGCCGUGGGAAGCCGGCCGGCGACCUUAAUUGGCCACCCAGAAGCUGGAGUGCGCCCUCCAUUUACCUCCCUGAAGCCGCGGUUAACCGCGGCUUAACGAGCGUGUGCCGGCAAUUGACCACCCAGUAGCUGCGGUUAACCGCAGCUUAAUUGAUUGUUACUGGGUGGUCGCGGUUACACUUAGCCGCCACACGAUGGCGGUGUUCUGGAGCUCCCCGGGCAGCCAGCGCUUGUCUGCCCGGCUUUCAUGCACCAAACCCGGACACUUUUACGUGCAGGCACCGCUGAACCUCCAACCCCUGGUUCUAAUUCGCACGGAUUGAACGAAUGCAUGUAAAUUCGGUAUUUUAUGUUGGAGGAAUGUUUUAACCCAGAUAGCUAUGCCAUGGAGCCUAUUCGUGGAAUUAAAGACUUUGGCUCCAUGGCAAUUAAAACUGUAUUCGUGUGGUCUGAGUGCCAUUCACCUAAUAAUGUGCACUCAGACCUGAGCUAUCUGGGGAUAUGUUACAUGUCUGUGUUUUAUGUAGUAAAUGUUACUUUGUGCAUUUUAAAGUAUAAUGCUGGUUUUGUGUUCCCACGUGUGUAAUGGAGUUUUGCCUUUGUCUUGGGAGAUAAUUGAGUUACUUCCCAAUUAUCUCCCAGGGCAGAGGGGAGGAAGCCAGGAUGCAUUGUGGGAAUAUACUGUGACUGUGUGUCCUUUUUGUAUACUUGUCUGUCCCUUGUCACAGUCUCCCAUUUGGUCCCCUAGGGGAGUGUCCACCAGGUGGGAGACCUGCAUAAAUACUGGGCAGGUAGCCCUCAUUAAACAGACCACUGCUUGACCCUCAACACGGAGCCUUGUCUCGUCUUUGGGGGGAUUUACUGUAUGCUGCUAAGGACUGAUUGCCAGGAGUGUAAGCCGCUUGGGAGCUUUUCCUGUUCGUCUGGUAGCAGCAAUUCGUAUGGUUCCUGUUCGUGUAUUUGGAGUGCUACCUUAUUCCCUUGUAUGCCGUUCGGGAGUUUGGAGCAUUCACUUGUAUGCAGUUCGAGUUUUGGACCAUUCCUUGUUGCAGUUCGAGAGCAUUCCCUUGUAUGCCGUUCGAGUUUGGAGCAUUCACUUGUAUUCAGUUGUGAGUUUUGGUGAUUCUACAGUAGCUGUGCCUGUCUCUGAAAGGGGGAUUAUCGUCUAAGCGGUUUUUAUCCCUUUUUGUGCAAAACGGUCCGUUACAAUUGGUGGCAAGCGGCGGGAUCGUUCCUACAGCCAGAAGGACAGCUACAGGAGACACCAUUUCUUUGGAUUUUACAAUUUGAGGGCAACGCAUGUCCCAGUACAGCGACCCUGACAGCACCAGCAUGGAACCAGCAGUGGAGUAUGAUGAGGGUGCCAUGGAUGACCGAGAUGCAGUCCGUAAAGGCAUCUGGUACCAGGCACUGGGUAUUGUGGAGUACCAGCGGGGCAAGAGACUCCCCAAGGAAGACCAGCGGUUGCAGAAGCGAGUAGCCCUGCGGAUGCCCUUCCUGGGAGAGCAGCCCCUGGAAGAAUGGGUGAGGAAAUUGGAACACAUCGUAUGGCAGGAGAUGUGGCUAGAAGAUGCCUACCAGGUGCUCUGGUGGUAUGGGGCACAAUACCUGCCCUGGAAAGCCGAGCAUGACAAGCCAGAGGGAGAGGAGUUUGAUGGUCCUGGCUUGUUAUGGGAGUCUUUUGCAGAGCCUGAGUUUGGGAGCCCUACACAAGCCCGGUUCAGUGAUCUCUUGGAGUGGAGGGAGAGCAGAUAUGACUGGGACGACACUCACGAAAUUGAGCAAGACCUGGUCCACCUGGUGACACGAGAGAUGGAGCUGGAGCAGGGCUACCAAGAUCUGUUCCACUCUAGUGAGAAGGCUCAGCAGGGAAGCGGAGACCCAGAUCCAGACCCAUUCAGCUGGGAAGACAUUAUUGAGGAUUACUGGGAAGAACCCCAGAUGGCGGGUGGAGAUGGGACUGAGGUCUCUCCACCGGUAUUGCAGGGAAUUGGGAGCCCGAGCUCCAUUCCCCAGCGGGAGAUAUUGCAGGGAAUCGGGAGCCCAAGCUCCAUUCCCCAGCGGCAGGCUGAGUUACAGGGGACAGAGAUAGUUGCUUCUGUCCCCCAGCAGCAGUGUGAAUUGCAGGGAAUUGGGAGCCUGAGCUCCAUUCCCCAGCGGCAGGCUGAGUUACAGGGGGCAGAGGUAGUUGUUCCUGCCCCCCAGCAGCAGAAUGAAUUGCAGGGAAUUGGGAGCCCGAGCUCCAUUCCCCAGCGGGAGAUAUUGCAGGGAAUUGGGAGCCUGAGCUCAAUUCCCCAGCGGCAGGCUGAGUUACAGGGGGCAGAGGUAGUUGUUCCUGCCCCCCAGCAGCAGAGUGAUAUGCCGGGAAGGCAGUGUAAAGUGCAGGGAGAGGAGAACAGCGUCCUCCCUCCCCAGCGGCAGGCUGAGAUACAGGGGGCAGAGGUAGUUGUUCCUGCCCCCCAGCAGCCAAGUGAUAUGCCGGGAAGGCAGUGUGAAGUCCAGGGAGAGGAGAGCAGUGUCCUCCCUCCCCAGCUGCAGCGUGAUUUUUUGGGAAUUGGGAGCCCAGUCUCCAUUCCCCAGCGGCAGUAUGAUGCUUUGGGAAUUGGGAGCCCAGUCUCCAUUCCCCAGCGGCAGCACAGAUCAUUGGGAAUUGGGAGCCCCGUCUCCAUUCCCCAGCGGCAGAGUGUCCUACCGGGAAUAGAGAGCCCAGUCUCCUUUCCCCAGCAGCAGGACUCUGUAUUGGGAGCAGAGACAGUCGGUCUCCCUCCCCCACAGCUGGAAGUAUGUAUGGGAGAGGAGCUUGUUACCCCCUCUCCCCAGCGGCAGCUUAAUGUACAAAGGGGAGACAGUAAGCCCCACAACCGUGCAGAUGGGACCGUAGUCUCUACACUGCCAGCACAGGGGGUAGGGACGGUCGGUCCUGCCCCCCAGCGACAGGGCUGUUUAGCCAAAGGGGAGACAGUCGGUCUCCCCCUCCAGCAGCAGAGAUGGGUAACCAAAGGGGAGACGGUCGGUCUCCAGCAGCAGGACUGUGCAUCUAAAGGGGAGACGGUCGGUCUCCAGCAGCAGGACUGUGCAUCUAAAGGGGAGACAGUCAGUCUCCAGCAGCAGCAGCAGAGCGGUGUAUUUAAAGGGGAGACAGUCGGUCUCCCCCUCCAACAACCAGGCUUCCACCAGGCUACCCUCCCAGUGGCGCUGGCAACAGGGCAGAGUGCCGCUGGUCUCUGCCCACGCAGCAACCCACCAAGUCAGCGUACCCGUACCCAGCACAGCCGUGGUGAGGCACCUGGACAUGGACAAGCUUCUUCUCUACCCAGGUGUAGUAACCAUUUAUUGUGGGUGGGCUGUGCUGUUGAUUAUGUUUUGUGGGUGGGCUGCUGGACUAACAAGGGCACUGACCGGCAGGAGGUCAGAUACCCUGUUAGUCUGUUUGGAAAAGGGGAGAGAUGUGACAAAACCAAUCUCGCCACAUUGCAUUGGAGGAGCCUGGUUGCCCGCCUGCUGCCUUUGGAUUAUGGACCGGCAGCUAAAGGGUUAAUUUUACUGUGCAGAAGGAUUUAUUUCUCCCUUUCUGCACAGCCGUUCGGUAGAUUCCAUCUACCAAACAAACAGUCUCUUUUCAGCCUCCCCAGAGCCGUGGGAAGCCGGCCGGCGACCUUAAUUGGCCACCCAGAAGCUGGAGUGCGCCCUCCAUUUACCUCCCUGAAGCCGCGGUUAACCGCGGCUUAACGAGCGUGUGCCGGCAAUUGACCACCCAGUAGCUGCGGUUAACCGCAGCUUAAUUGAUUGUUACUGGGUGGUCGCGGUUACACUUAGCCGCCACACGAUGGCGGUGUUCUGGAGCUCCCCGGGCAGCCAGCGCUUGUCUGCCCGGCUUUCAUGCACCAAACCCGGACACUUUUACGUGCAGGCACCGCUGAACCUCCAACCCCUGGUUCUAAUUCGCACGGAUUGAACGAAUGCAUGUAAAUUCGGUAUUUUAUGUUGGAGGAAUGUUUUAACCCAGAUAGCUAUGCCAUGGAGCCUAUUCGUGGAAUUAAAGACUUUGGCUCCAUGGCAAUUAAAACUGUAUUCGUGUGGUCUGAGUGCCAUUCACCUAAUAAUGUGCACUCAGACCUGAGCUAUCUGGGGAUAUGUUACAUGUCUGUGUUUUAUGUAGUAAAUGUUACUUUGUGCAUUUUAAAGUAUAAUGCUGGUUUUGUGUUCCCACGUGUGUAAUGGAGUUUUGCCUUUGACUUGGGAGAUAAUUGAGUUACUUCCCAAUUAUCUCCCAGGGCAGAGGGGAGGAAGCCAGGAUGCAUUGUGGGAAUAUACUGUGACUGUGUGUCCUUUUUGUAUACUUGUCUGUCCCUUGUCACAGUCUCCCAUUUGGUCCCCUAGGGGAGUGUCCACCAGGUGGGAGACCUGCAUAAAAGCUGGGCAGGUAGCCCUCAUUAAACAGACCACUGCUUGACCCUCAACACGGAGCCUUGUCUCGUCUUUGGGGGGAUUUACUGUAUGCUGCUAAGGACUGAUUGCCAGGAGUGUAAGCCGCUUGGGAGCUUUUCCUGUUCGCCUGGUAGCAGCAAUUCGUAUGGUUCCUGUUCGUGUAUUUGGAGUGCUACCUUAUUCCCUUGUAUGCCGUUCGGGAGUUUGGAGCAUUCACUUGUAUGCAGUUCGAGAGUUUGGAGCAUUCACUUGUAUGCAGUUCGAGUGUUUGGACCAUUCCCUUGUAUGCAGUUCGAGUGUUUGGAGCAUUCCCUUGUAUGCCGUUCGGGAGUUUGGAGCAUUCACUUGUAUUCAAUUCGUGAGUUUUGGUGAUUCUACAGUAGCUGUGCCUGUCUCUGAAAGGGGAUUAUCGUCUAAGCGGGUUUUUACCCCUUGUGUGCAAAACGGUCCGUUACAAUAUACUUAAGGGAUUAAUCCAGUGAUGGAAUGUGCCAAUUAUUCUUGAUAAAAUUUUUACUGUCCUACUGCACAUAUAAUGAUGUAAAAUAAUAGAUAGAGCAUGUGAUAAGAAACAGUUGUCUCUCUUUUAAUAAAUAAUUCAUUUCUAUUCUUGUCAAUAACUUGCAUGAGCGCCUCACAUAUAUCUGUAAUAGGGUGUCCCCUUUCCAAGAAAUUUCACUUAAGUAUUUUUACCUCUGCAAUAAAAUCCUCAUUAUAUGUGCAAAUACAUUUAAAUCUUAAAAAUUGGUGCUUAAGGAUUGUUUUUCAACAAGGGGCUGUAGUGAGAACUCAAAAAGUGGAUGUAUCCAUUGACGUCCACCGGUUUAAAAAAGGUUAUAGUUGCCACCAUUCUAACAAAAAUCGCAAGAUCCAAAAAAUAAAUAUUAUUCUUACUGUAUUACCAGGAGAGGUGGAUGCAUAUUUCUAAAUAUACUUAGACUCUAAUAGAUCUCUAGGACAUAAUUACAAACAGCACACAGGAGAGUGACUCAUGGACUAAUAAUGAAUAAAAGAAGGUUUCUUUCCCCAAGGGUUGGUUACCAAUCUUCUUAUAGAACACUUUCAAGUGGUGUUACUGUUUCUUCAUAUGUUCCCAUCUGCUGGACAGGUUAGUUCAAUAUAAUUGUAUUUUCUCACUAAAAGGAAUUGUUUCAUAUUACUAUUCUUCCUCUUGCUGAUUGCUUACCUCCUUUGCAUUAUUGGGAACAUGCUCCUGUUACUUAUCAUCAUGGUCUGUUCACAUCUGCAUACUCCUAUGUACUUAUUACUGGCCAAUUUGUCCUUCGUGGACAACAGCUUUAAUUCCAAUUUACCAAUUUAUAAAAAACUAAAGAUAAUGCUGGUAAUUUUCUUUUUACAAUUCCAUUUAAAAAAUUUAUAUGAAAAUGUUGAUUUAGUAAUAUAUCAGUUUAUUUAACCAGAAGACUAGGUUCCGCAUGCUUGUAUGUAAGUAUACCCUGAGCAUAUUGACCCUAUUUUUACCUUAUUUAACAACUCUCAUUUUAUUGAUCUCAAGAAGGUGGAAAGUUGAGUUGGCUUUGCUGGGAAACAAACCGGUACUUACAAGUGGUACUUGAGAAUGUGUGACUAAGCAUUAAACUUCCAGAAUGAGAUACAUUGACUGUAUCAUGCUCAAGAGUAAAUAUUCAGGGAGUUACAACUGGAAAUAUAACUGGAAUACAGUUUCAAAUGUAAUAAAAAUAAGAAUGGCAAUAAAAUUCCAAAGCAGAAAAAAAAUAUAAAAAAACAGGUAUUUAUUUUAGUAAUAGUUUAUGCACUAUUUUUUGCUUUGCAGAGUAUAUAUUUUCCACGUUAUUCAAUGCCAAACUGUUUUAUUGAAGAAUAAUUUAAACACCUCACCUGUGAUGUUAAUUGAACACAUUAAAUUUGACUUUCUGACAGUGAAGGGGUUAAUCUAUAUAGAAAUUCUAUGUAUCUUUAUAAAUCUAUCUAGCAAGCAAAAAAAAAAAAAAAAAAUUUGGAUCAGCAUUGCUGAAAUCCAUUUACUCAAUACUUUCCUUUAGUGUGCUCACCCUGAAAUAUGAUCCUCCCUUACUAUGCGGUCAGCAAUGUAUUAAAUGUGCUUUGGACUAGACCUUUUCAUUUUCCUUAAAAAAUAAAAAUAUAAUAUAAAUCCAUAAGGCAGCAUUAUCAAAGUGGAACUUUUCUUACUCACGACUUGUAUCCAGGAACUGCACAAAGGUUUAUAAUAGACUAUUCAAUGCACAGAAGAAAAGCAUGUGACAAAACACAGAUUUUUCGAUUCAGAGUUUAGGAUGAAUGAACAAGUGGUAUUUUAUAAAGUUAGUAUUCCAAGCCUCUAAUAGUUCAUAAUAUUCAUUUAACAAUAAAUAGGUUUAUGUCUUGUGAACAGUUCCAUUUACAACAAAAAUAUGAAUCUACUCAGAAAAAAUCUUAUUUAGCCAUUAUUAUUAUUAAAUAGUAUAAGUAAAAUGAAAAAAAAAUGUAUUUUAUUUUUAUUUCAAUUUGUUUUUUUUGUUUUUUUCUUUUAUUGUUACCCCCCUUUUAAUGUGUAAUGGUUGUUGUUAUUUUUAUAUUGUGAAAACUUUCCCAAUAAAAACCAUUUGAAAAUAAAUUUUAUUUUUAACAAUGUGUGUUUCUGCUUGAAAAAUAUGAAUGUCAAUUUAAUUUGGAGUUGUGGUGAGAAAAUUUUCAAAAAUGUAAAUAAAAAUUUAAUUGAAAGUGGUCAUAACAGAAAGAUGAAUAGAUUGAUAGAUAGAUAAAUAGCUAGAUAGAUAGAUAAAUAGAUAGAUCGAUAGAUAGAUCGAUAGAUUCUUAUAUUUUAUUAUACUUUAUUAAGAAUUUUAAUUAUAACAACUCACUGUUAUCGCAUUCAAUAUCUUCUUUUCAUUUUAAAAAGUAAUUUAAUGACAUUUAUUUGAAACUUAUGAUGUUCAUCUAGUGCCAUAGAGGAAGUAAUUUUAUACAUAGUUCAUAAUUUAGAUUUUUCAUUUAUUUCUUUAUCAUAUCAUCUAUAUUUUAAGGAGAUAACAUAUUUGAAAGCUUAUAUGGUAUUCCUUGUUUUCUUUGAUCUUUUUGAUUGUUACACACCAGGGGAUUCUAUACCCCCAAUGUGGGCAUACCCUUAGCCGAGGGUGUUGCGGUAGAUAGACUUGGGUUCUUCUCGCCACACACCCUAAGUUUCUGGGAUUUUCUCUACUAUAAUUCUCUGUUGGGUUAGGCCCUUUCCUCUUGCCCAUUUAGUCCUCUUUUGGCUCUAGGACUGGAUUGUCUCCAGCUCUAUAGCCACUAUUUUCUCUUUAAUUAACUUCUGUGUGGUUUUAAUACCAGGACUAUCUAGACUCUAUCAUUUAUAUAUUACCUAUACAUCCAUUGUAAGCAACACAUACCAAUUAUGGCAGGGUUCUUAUCCAAUAAACCAGACAGUAAUCUAUGGUGUAUUGACUCGGACAAUGUGUUCUCAGUGGAGCAAUUAGAUUGCUCUAACUCUAUCCCUGACAUCAAUCAAGCAUUUAAUAACUUGCAAAAUCUGUACCAAAAACAAAUUAAAUCUAGCUGGGAGGUGUCAUCUCUUGAAAACUAUAUCAAAAAGGAGAUGAUUCCACGGGGCCUUAGGGUUCGUAAUCUACCAUCUUCAUAUACAGACAAUACUGAUUUAAUGCAAGAAUGGGAAUCUGCAGCCGGAGCAUGUUCCAAGCGGUUCAUGGAGAUCUUAAUAAAAUUUGAAAAAGCAAAAAUCUCUGAAGUUAACCUUAUAUCUUGAACAGGAGAUUGCUAGUGCACAACAAUAUCAGUCUAACCCAGAAUUCACCCACUUUGAAACUAGAUUGAAAACUAAUUUAGAUAAAUUUCAAAAUAACAUUAAGAUACGCAAACAUCAAAAGUUUGUGAGAGACUCAAGAGACUACCAAACAAACAGAGUCUAUCAACAUUUCAACCGUAGAGUUAGGACAAAUUCUAACAACUACUUAACAUCAGAUUAUGAGUCUUCCGACACUGACAAUGACAACUCUAAUGGAUCACAAAUUGACCAACAACUACAAACUUCAACAACUCCUACAUAUACUAAUCCGAAAGGAAUACUUAAAAAAGGGGUGAAUUUUUUAGAGAUGGGCCACAUGGACGGUAUGCAAACCCGAAAAAACAGAUACCCCACACGAGACAGGGAAGGAAACAGAGGCAGGAGACCCGGAAGGAGAAGAUUUUGACUCAAGAAAACUGCCGAGUAAUGGACCAAAGAGUCAUUAAUCUUUCAAAACAGAUCUUGAACAAUGACCAUCUCUCACUUUUAGAGAAAGGGCUCUCCUUCGUACCAGUACCCCUCUUAAAUAAAUUCAUGUGGGUAAAAGAUCUCCAUCUCUUUGCCCGGAAACUCGCUCUACAUAAAUUUCAUGAGAUCAAUAAAGAAAAGAAAGCUAAAUCCCAUGGCAUGUCCAAUAGAGAAUAUGAAUGCCUUAUGACCCUUAUGGACCUAUGGGAAGAAAGCAAUGAAACCGACCCUUCAAAAUACACUGAUUUAAAAUUAAAAAGUAAAUUUACUCCAUACCUGGGAAAUUACCGUAAUAUUGAUCUUUUCUUAGAAACAAUGAAAAAUGAAAUUGAUAAAAUAGACAGUAGAUCCCUUGAUUUUCACCCCAAUAUGAACUUGUCAAGUAGGGAACAAGUGGCACUUAAGUCUCUGAGAAAUAACACAGAAAUUAUCUUGAAACCUGCGGACAAAGGCGGGAACAUAGUCAUGAUGGAUAUCACAGACUAUGUUACAAUGGUUCUCAAAGUGUUGGAAGAUGAGAAUACAUACAAAAUUCUAAAAUCUGACCCUACGAAUGACUUCCUUAUAAAGUAUAGGGAGAUUCUGGACAGGGGCCGCAGUAGAGGGCUGCUAUCAGGGGAUGAAUACGCAUUCAUCCUCAAUUGCCAUCCGAGGAUAGCGACCUUCUACUCCUUACCCAAAGUACAUAAAAGUAUGACCUUACCCCCUGGCCGCCCCAUUGUCUCAGGCAUAGAUAAUUUGACACAGAAUGGUAGUAUAUAUAUUGACAAAAUCCUACGACCAUUCGUUGAAAAACUUCCCUCUUACCUUCAGGAUACAAAACAGACCCUGGCCCUCUUAGCGAAUCUGGAGGUACCUCCCUCGGCCAAAUUAUGUAGCUUGGAUAUCGAAGCCCUCUAUUCAUCCAUUCCCCAUUCCAAUGGCAUUCGCCACAUACGCCAUUUUCUGGAACAACGAGGCCCGGCAUUUACAGCACAUACUACCUUCUGUUUGGAGCUUCUUGAAUACAUCCUUUCACAUAAUUACUUUUUAUUCAAAAAUAAAUACUAUCAUCAAAUCAGGGGGACUGCGAUGGGGACAGCUUGUGCCCCAUCGUAUGCUAACCUCCAUCUGGGCUGGUGGGAGGAACAUCUAUUCCAACAUCCAGAAAUCUCUCAAUAUCUACCUUUGAUCUUCCUUUGGCGUCACUACAUCGAUGACGUGCUCAUAGUGUGGCUGGGGAAUUCACAAGAGUUUAAUGAGUUCGUCUGUAUCCUGAACAUUAAUGAUGAAAACCUCAGAUUCACAAAUGAAUUUGGGGGUCAAAAUUUGAAUUUUUUAGAUGUAAUGAUCUCUAUAACAUCUGAAAACAAAAUACAUACCACCCUUUAUCGCAAACCCUCGGCAACCAAUAACCUUUUGAGAUGGGACAGUUUUCAUCCAAUACCGCUCAAAAUGGGCAUCCCGACGGGUCAAUAUCUUAGGGUCCGACGUAAUUGUAGCACUAUUGAUGAAUUCAAGACAAAGGCUAAAGAAUUAAGAGGCCACUUUAAAGCCAAAGGCUACCCUAAUAGGUGCCUCAAACGUGCAUACCAGAGAGCACUUGACUCAGAUCGCAAUGUGUUGUUGAGCGGGGAUAUCCCCAAACCAGCAGAGACCUCUAAGAAUAAUAUACGCCUAAUUGCCACCUACGAUGCAGGAUGGGAAAAUAUUAAAAGUUCCCUCAGACGCUACUGGCCACUGCUAACUAAUGAUCAGCACCUUCAAGAAGUACUGGCUCCCAAUGUCUCCAUCACGGCCCGGAGAGGUAAAAACUUACGAGACCUUUUAGCCCCAAGUCAUUUUAAAACCGAAAUUCCAUCCCCUACAACAUGGCUCCAGACCCGCUUGACCGGUAACUAUAGAUGCGGGAGGUGCAUUUCAUGCAAAUUUAUGAAAAAAGACUCCAAAAUAGUCAAAGACAGUAUGGAGAAGGAGGCGUUUACUAUAACCUCCUUCUUCAACUGUAAUACAUCAGGGAUUGUAUAUUUACUUACCUGUGAAUGCAAUAAAAAAUAUGUGGGCAAAACAUUCCGCCCCUUUAAGAAACGCAUACAAGAACACAUUAGAUCUA